UUUGAUUAUUAACACUGAGUUUCUUGAUAAUUUGAAAUAUCUGCAGAACGUUCGUCGAUAACAUCUAUACUAAAGAAAUAUGAAGAAAUUUCACUGUUUUAUUUUUCUUACGUGUGUUAUUUUAAAAGUAUUAGCAGUACCACCUUCCGUAUGUCGCGCUGACUUCCGUUGGGACGACUGCGGCAAGCCUCCCAAGCCGGUCAUGUACUACUGGAAGCAGGGCUCCCGCUGCGAAAUUGGCAUCUGGAAAGGCUGCGUGCCCAACCCGAACAUGUUCGCCGACGAAUACGAAUGCAUCAACACCUGCGUAUUCGUCGACAAACCUUCUGUACGAACUGAGAGCGAGGAACCAGAAACGGAAACUACUACAACUGUGGAUAACAGCACUGAUGUUACUGAAGCUACUGGUGAAACUAGUGAUGCCACUGAAGCUACUGGUGAAACUAGUGAUGCCACUGAAGCUACUAGUGAAACCGAAGCUAGUACUGCUGAAGGUGGUAACGGAACUGAAGGCAAUGAUACAACGGCCACUGGAAAUGAUACUAAUACUACUAAUACUACUACUACUUAAAUGCAACACUUAAAAUUGUAUUAUUCUACCGAU